CCGCCCCGGUUCUGCGGCAGGGGGGGGUGCCCGUCCCGUCGCCGCGGCCCCGCCGAGCCAUAAAACCCAUGGGGAGCCGGCCGGGCUGAGCACGGUGGGACCCGCGACCCCCCCAGCAAGAUGACGUCCUCCACCAAGGUGUACUACAGCCAGACCACGCAGACCGACAGCCGCCCGCUGAUGGGGCCGGGGCUGCGGCGGCGCCGCGUGCUGACCAAGGACGGCCGCAGCAACGUGCGCAUGGAGCACAUCUCCGACAAGCGCUUCCUGUACCUCAAGGACCUGUGGACCACCUUCAUCGACCUCCAGUGGCGCUACAAGCUCCUGCUCUUCUCCGCCACCUUCGCCGGCACCUGGUUCGCCUUCGGCGUGGUCUGGUACCUGGUGGCCGCGGCGCACGGCGACCUGCUGGAGUUCGAGCCGCCCGCCAACCACACGCCGUGCGUGAUGCAGGUGCACACGCUGACCGGCGCCUUCCUCUUCUCCCUGGAGUCGCAGACCACCAUCGGCUACGGCUUCCGCUACAUCAGCGAGGAGUGCCCGCUGGCCAUCGUGCUGCUCAUCACCCAGCUGGUGCUGACCACCAUCCUGGAGAUCUUCAUCACCGGCACCUUCCUGGCCAAGAUCGCGCGGCCCAAGAAGCGCGCCGAGACCAUCAAGUUCAGCCAGAACGCCGUGGUGGCGCAGCACGACGGCAAGACCUGCCUGAUGAUCCGCGUGGCCAACAUGAGGAAGAGCCUCCUGAUCGGCUGCCAGGUCACCGGGAAGCUGCUGCAGACCCACCUCACCAAGGAGGGCGAGAGCGUCCGGCUCAACCAGCUCAACGUGGACUUCCAGGUGGACACGUCCUCGGACAGCCCCUUCCUCAUCCUGCCGCUGACCUUCUACCACGUGGUGGACGAGGCCAGCCCGCUGCGGGACGUGUCCCUGCGCUCGGGGGACGGCGACUUCGAGCUGGUGGUCAUCCUGAGCGGCACCGUGGAGUCCACCAGCGCCACGUGCCAGGUGCGCACGUCCUACCUGCCCGAGGAGAUCCUGUGGGGCUACGAGUUCACGCCGGCCAUCUCGCUGUCGGCCAGCGGCAAGUACGUGGCCGACUUCAGCCUCUUCGACCGCGUGGUCAAGGUGGCGGCGCCCUGCUGUCACCACGAGGCCGUCCGCUUCGGGGACCCCGAGAAGGUCAAGCUGGAGGAGUCGCUGCGGGAGGCGGAGCGGGAUGGGGAGGGGGCCCCGCUCAGCGUCCGCAUCAGCAACGUCUGAGGGGGACACGGAGGUGACGUCGGCACCGCGGUGGCGUCGUCAUCAGGGUGACAUCGGCAUCAGGGUGACGUCGGCACCAGGGUGACGUCGGCACCGCGGUGGCGUCGUCAUCGGGGUGAUGUCAUCACCGGGGUGACAUUGUCAUCAAGGUGAUUUCGGCACCGUGGUGAUGUCGUCAUCACGGUGAGAUCAGCACCAGGGUGACGUCGGCACCGGGGUGACGUCAUCAUCGGGGUGACGUCAGCACCGGGGUGACAUCAUCAUCAGGGUGAUGUCAGCACUGGGGUGACAUUGUCAUCAAGGUGACGUCGGCAUCAGGGUGACAUUGUCAUCAAGGUGACGUCAGCACUGGGGUGACAUUGUCAUCAUCAGGGUGACAUCGGCAUCAGGGUGACGUCGUCAUCAGGGUGACAUCAGCACCAGGGUGACGUCGGCACCGGGGUGACAUCAUCAUCAGGGUGAUGUCAGCACUGGGGUGACAUUGUCAUCAAGGUGACGUCGGCAUCGAGGUGACAUCGGCAUUGGGGUGACAUCAUCAUCAGGGUGACAUCAGCACUGGGGUGAUGUCAGCACUGGGAUGACAUUGUCAUCAAGAUGACAUCAGCACCGGGGUGACAUCAUCAUCAGGGUGACGUCAGCACCAGGGUGACAUUGUCAUCAAGGUGACGUCGGCAUUGGGGUGACACAGACACCAGGGUGACAUCAGCACCAGGGUGACGUUGGCACAGGGGUGACAUCAGCCCCAGGGUGACACAAGGGCGAGAGGUGGCACCGGCCCCCAGUGGCACCGGAGCGAGGCGGUGGCGGCGGAUGGUGGAGGUGUGGCCGUGUCUGGAGGUACUGGAGGGACACCAACAACUGGGGGUGUCACCAGCCCCAAAGGGACACCAACAUCUGGAGGUGCCACCAGCGCUGGAGGUGUCAUCAAGUCUGGAGGUGUCACCGAUGCCUGGAGGUGUCACCAGUCUCAAAGUGUCACCAAAUUUGGAAGUGUCACCAGCCCCAAGGGGACACAAAUGUCUGGAGCUGCCACAAGUCCCAAAGUGUCACCAAUGCCUGGAGGUGUCACCAAAUCUGGAGGUGCCACCAGCCCCAAAGUGGUACCAGGGCCUGGAGACAUCACCAACGCUUGAAGGUGACACCAACGCUUGGAGGUGCCACCAGCCCAGAGGUGCCACCAGUCUCCAAAAGUGUCACCAACGCCCAGAAGAGCCACCAGCCAAGAUUCCACCGAUGCCUGGAGGUGCCACCAACGCCUGGAAUCGUCACUAAACCCUGGAAGUGCCACCAUCUGCAGGUGUCACCAAGCCCUGGAGGUGCCACCAGCUUCAAAGUGCCACCAACUGCUGGAGAUGUCACCAAGUCCUGAAGGUGCCACGAGCCCUGAGAUGGCACCAGGCCCUGGAGGUGCCACCACCCCUGAAGUGUCACCAAGCCCUGGAGGUGCCACCAGCCCCCAGGGCGCCGCUGCUCCCCACCCUGCCAGGGGAAACUGAGGCAGGAGACCCUCCCAACCCCCCCCACGAGCGCUGGACCCCCUCCCCUGUCCCCCCCCCACUCCGGGCAGUGUCGGGGGGUCCCCCCGGGGUGUCACCGAUAAUCGCCCACCGUGUCCCACCGUGUCCCACCGUGUCCCACCGUGUCCCCUCCCCCCACCCGGGCCGGGGUCCCCUCCCCCACCCCGCCCGUCGCUGCUGCUUAACGUAGACCCCGCAAUUAACGCGGCCCCCCCGCGCCGGGGCUAAUUAGUGCCACUAAUUAAAGGUGUCAGUAAUGAGGAAGGAGCGGGACCCCCCCCCGGGACCCCCAAAUCCGCCCCUCCCCCCCCGGGGGGGCCCGAGCUCGGUUGGGGGGGCGGUGGGGGAGGGGCAGAGUUCAAUAAAGGUGACGUCGAUGGUG